UCUAGUGUGAAACCAAACAUACGGUAAAUGAGCGCGCAGCGUUGGCUGAAAAAGAAAAAAAUAAUCUUUCUCGGUACGGACUCCCGUAAAGCAUUUUGCAGUCCAGCAGCAGCAGCCCCUCUCGUACUCCUCCGCCUCCCGCAAUGCCGCCCGGUUCCGCCUCCGCCGCCGCCAUCGCCACCCGCUUCGCGACCCACUGGAUAGCUGACGCCCUCGCCGGCGACGAGUACAUAGACUUCUCCGUGCUCAAGGUUCUGGUGGGGGCCUCGUCGAAGCCCCUCGCGGGCGCCCCGGAGUUUACGCGUGAGCGGGUCGCGCUCCGGUGCAUUCAGGAGGUGUCGUCCGUGAUAGCCGCCGGGGGUGACGCCGCGGACACCGCGGGGGUGCUUAGGGUUGAUGGCGCCCAAUCAUGCCAGAAUGUGCUGUUUCAGCUUAUGAGAGAGGUUGGUAGCCCCGGAGAUUUGGAGAAGGAUUUGCUUCCACAUUUCAGUCAAGACAUCCAGGAAUAUUUAUGUACCGAGAAAUUUAUGCUACCAGAAACUUCCUUCCAGAUGCUAAAACAAGUUGACCCAUUGCUUACAUCUAUGGCCCUACAAUCCCAAAUGGAGCACAAUGACACUGAACAAUGUGACAAUGAUCAGUCACUGCGCAGCAGCCACAGAUGUGUAAAUAUAGAGAAGCCUGUGUUUGUGUUCCCUACAGAUGUAGUCAAUGAAAGUGAAACAGGAAAUCUCCAAAAGGAUCCGCCUGCACCAACUUCUGUUUUUCACCAACCAUGUAUGCCCCAAAGCAGGUCUUACGUCCCUCCGCAAGAAGAUACUAUUGAUGCUGUUGGUCUAGGCACUAGGUCCUCAGAAAGGAUUCCUAUUGUGGAGGGGAACAUGUCUGUUGGAUCUGUGCUUGCUUCAGAUGGCUGUGAUGCACCUUUGCAGGGAAGCAUUACUGAGCCCUUUUCCCAGCAGGAUAAACAUGACCAUACUGCUACAGUUGAACCAAAAUCUUGUAAGCAAAAAUCUCCAAGUCUAUCUCACUGUGCUGAUGGAGAUGGGGCAAAUGAUGGUGGCUCCAGCAAUCAGUCAUCUAAGGUUUCCAUUCAUGAAGGACUGAGCUCUCAUGCCACGGUAACUUCAGGUUUUGACAGAAUCAGCGAUGUCUUACCAACAGAUGCAUCUGGACCUGAGCAUUUGCCUGAGUGCAUAACAGCACAGGAUACAAACAUGAUUUCACAGCUUGACAGCAGGAAAGCUCAUUUGAGUGCUCUGCAACAGGAUAGGGGUGAGAAAGUAACCCAAGAUCUGGAAGAUAUCUCUGCAAAUAUUGGGCUAGUGGAAAAGGACCAUGUUCAUGGGGAUCUGACUUUGCAAUCUGCCAGUGUUUUGCUUUCUAUAAGCUGCAAUGGUGCUAAUCAAGGAAGUAAAUCUGAAACCAACCUUCAACCAGGGAUUGUUGCUACAGAGGAUAGGAUGGCUUUGGAAGAGCAGAAUGCAGACAAGUCUCACUUAGAAUUCAGCGAUACCAACAUGGCUAAUCAAGCUCUGCAUGAUGAUUGCAGCGUCAUGAAAAAUAAUGCGGUACAUGGCGGGCUGACUGCACAGACUGCUGCAGUGUCUCAAAACUGCAAUGUAACCUUACAUGAUAAAACUUCAGAAGCCAAUUGUUUUUCUGAGCCGGAAAAUGAAAAGAACAUUCAAAAAAAUAAUUGUCAUACUUAUGUUCCAGGUUCUUCUCAGGAUAGGGGUGGAGAAAGUGCAAAGGAGACAUCAAAUGAGCUAAAGUCUAAGGACGCUUCUCCAGAAAUAUUUGUCCAUUUCGAGGAUCAAUACAUCAUUGAUACUUUGGAGGGCUUGUCUCAACAAGAUUUGUGCUUGAAAUGUGGCAAAGGUGGUCAGUUGUUGGAAUGCAGCCGCUGUUUUUUAGCUGUUCAUAGUAGCUGUUUGGGUUCAUCAGCGACAUUUGAAGGGACAAAUUUAUUCUACUGCCCAAUAUGCUCUUAUAAGAAAGCUAUUGAAGCAUGUAAAAAGGCAAACAAAACAUAUUGCGAAGCUAGGAAGAACCUUGCUGCUUUACUUAGCAAAACACAAGUCACCAAGCAAGUUCAGCCAGGAGAUGCCCAUGAAAAUGAAGUAAAUAAUCUUGCUCAUCAGGUUAAAGAGCCUAAUCAGCAGAGGAGGAAGCAGAAAAUAAAUGCUAUAGGUAAGGGUUAUCCUAAGGAGGUACUCACUGAGAAGGUUCCUUUCCAGAACUCUGGUUCGUCUGCAUCCAUUAAUAUACAUUCAGUGCUCCAGAAUAACAAUGAAAUACAAGUUAAGGAUUCAGAGAAAAGGCGGCAAGCAGUAGACGAAGAAGGUCGCAAAGAAGCUAGUAAUGACAACUCAUCUCAUGAAACAGGAUCUUCAUCUCAGAUAAGAUGUGAUUCUCCUUUGAAUCAGGACGUUGAGGCUGACCAGGAUGGUAAUCUUACAGCUUCUAACCAACCUGGUGGUUCUGAUGAAUCAGAAGCAACAUCUUCUGAUGACUCUGGCAGGCCAUCAUCUUCUUGGCAGUCAUCACGUUAUUGGCGUUGUACGAGACACAACAAAAAAGGAUUGCAAGAUAAGGAGCCAGCUGUAUCAAGUAAAUCUAAGGAGGAUCAACAAAUGCCUACUUCACCAGCGAAAAGAAAGUCUGCAAACCCGCAAAAGCACUAUUCCAAUCCUGUUGCGAGAGCUCGAAGACGCAGAAAACUCUGGUGGACAGCAGAAGAAGAAGCAAUGUUGAAGGAUGGGAUGGCAAAAUUCUCUCCACAUAAUGAUGGUCAAAUUUCAUGGACCCAGAUACUGCAAUAUGGCCGUGGUGUGUUUAACAUCGCGCGCCUGCCAUGUGAUUUGAGGGUCAAGUGGAGGAACAUGCAGAUGAAGGAGAGGCGGGCAGUCUCUUACACACACAUAUAACUGUUGUGUGUCAUACUAAAUUACUAACCAUGCCUUCAUUUGUUUGUGUCCAUCUGCAGAUAUAAUUGAUGUGGCAGAUAUAACCUUGCCUUUAUUUGUUUGUGGCAAUCUUACACACACAUAUAACACUGAUGUGGUACUAGAACAUAGCGAAUAUGCAAGUAGGAAUGGAAGUGGGUUUCUCCGAAAUAGGAUGACAGAGGUAUAGUUUUUCCCUUCUUUUGGUAAGUACGGCGUUGAUUGGUUGUGUGAUUUGGUGAACCUAGACCUACUAUACCCGUAGAUGAUGUAAAGAGAUUGGUAGACACUCACUAUGUACUCUGAAAAGAGGUAUCAGAGUCGACUUCCUUUUGUUUCUUUUGGGAUUGAAUCUAACAGUUUAGAUGAUAACA